UCUCUCUCUCUCUUUUACAAUCUCUCUCUCUCUUAAAACUCUUCUCUCUAGCUCUGUAUAUCCUAGCUCUGUAUAUCCUAGGGUUUUUCUAUCUCUCAAAGUCUAAACACCUCCAAUGUCUUCUAAAUUAUAUCUAUGCUUUGUAGAAAAAAGGUUCUCGAAGAAGAAGAAGAAAAAGAAGAAGAAGAAAAUGAAGUUGUGAGAUAGGGAUUGAAGAUGGUGAUUGGAUGAUUAGGUUUUUCUUUGUUGGGGCUGAAUUGAAUUUGGUUUGGAUAGAUGGGGGCUAGGGUUCCAGUUCAGCACUACAAUUUGCGAUCAGCGAAUUCAUACAUUGGAGGCUCUUUGCAUGAUCUCAACACUGUCGAUGGUCGGCCUGGAGAUAUGGAGGGCAUUGGUGACGUUGAUCGCGAUGCAGUCACCGAAGAUAGCUUGGAAAAUGGUGAAGAAUCGACUGCAGUUGACUGCAUUCAUGAAUCUUACAGGAAUUCUUUACCUCUUCAUAGUGUAGGAGUGGAGGAAGAUCGCUCUAGCCUUGAGAAUAAUGGGUCUUCAAGGGGUCCUUACGACUGCUUGACUACUGAAGAUAUUUUGCCAGUUGAAGCAGCGAGGGCAAGAUUUUUGGACAUUAUUGUAGAUCACUUUAUUAUCUCGCAUAUAAUUGAGAUGGCAGAUUCUGAGGCUGACUAUACAGCUCAGUCUGCUCAAGAUAAGUUAAACAAGAGGAAGUCAAGAGAAAUCUAUUAUGAAGGCGAUGCGAGGUAUGUCUUGCCUUUGAUGUAUGUGGCAAAUAUGUAUGAAACUUUGGUUAAUGAAGCAAACAUCAGAAUAUCUUCCUUAAAUGGCAUUCGUGAAAAGUCCAUUGGCGUGGCCCUUGAAGCUGCUGGUGGCUUAUACAGAAAGCUCGCGAAGAAAUUCCCUAGGAAAGGGUCUUAUGUAUAUAAAAGAAGAGAAUUGGCGACUUCUCUUGAAACAAGGACGAGAUUUCCAGAAUUAGUGAUACAAGAGGAGAAGCGGGUUCGUUUUGUGGUAGUUAAUGGUCUGGAUAUUGUUGAAAGACCAACAAAUAUGUGUGUUGAUGAUGCCGAGUGGUUCAAAAGAUUGACUGGUAGGAAUGAAGUUGCUAUCUCUGCUAGAGAUUAUAAAUUUUAUUCUCCAAGACGCAAGUAUAGGCGUGUUGCAUCGAACUCUGUGCCCAACAUCCCUGGUUUGCCUACAUUCUCUGCUGCUGAUAGUUCUCCUCCUAUGGCUACUGCUUCAGGUUUCCGCUCUAUAAAUGAACCACAAAAUCAGCAGCAGACUCCAUCCAAACACCAUAUGCAACCACUGUCAUAUCAGCCUCAGUUUCAUCCUCUGCACCAUAACCAUCAUCUCCCCAUUCACCAAACUCAACAUGCAGCCCAAUUUUCUCACAACCAUCAGUGUGGGCCACCUUCACACUUGCCUGAAAUUGCUCAUUCGCAGCAGUCUCCAACCAUUUCCCAACAUAUGGCUUGCUUACAACCCCUCUCGGGCAAUCAUGUUGCAGGGCGCUUGCAUGUAAUGCCAAAUAACCCGGCAAAGUUUUGUGAUGAAUGCGGCGCUCCAUAUUUGAGAGAGACCUCCAAAUUCUGCUCUGAAUGUGGUGUUAAGAGGUUAGGAACUUGACAUGAUGUGUAUGUAUUUCCUCCGGUCGCAAUGAUACAAACCUUUGCCACCAUUCAUGUAAAGAUUUGAAGGUUAGAUCGUUGUAUGGCUAAUUGUUUUUUCUCCUUGUAAAUACCAUCAUUUCAUAUAGCUUUGUGAUUUUGUAGCAUUUGACCUUUCGUAUUUAUCAAUCAAAGAUGCCUUGAUUCCUAUUCGAAAUAA